UUUAUCAAUAAGCGGGCACUUUAGCGUCCUGUCAACAAAAUAUAAAUUUAAAUUUUAAAUUUGUUUCCCAGAUUAACGCUGAAAUGUCUGACGACGAGUACGACAUAUUUAGCUCCUUACGAACCAUUAAUCGCGUUACUGUUCCUCCUAAAGAGACUUACAGUCCCACGAAUGACUCGUUCUCCAAGGAGCUGGAGGCUGAGCUACUUGUUGAGCAUUCCACUACCAAGAAGUCCAGCAAAGCCAAAGUGAAUGAUACAACCACAGCACCGACCAAGAAAAAGGGCCGCAAGGGCAAGAAAAAUGUGCAGCAAGAUGAGAAGCCGCCCAUAGAGGAGGAAGCAACAGGCGGACAAGCAGAAGAGCCGUCACGUUCGCUCACCCCCGUCUCCAAAAUGUUGUUAGAGCUGGAGCAAGAGAAGGCUAAAGCAGAGGAAGCGAAAACCCUCUCUGGGCCCGUGGCCAGACGCACCCGCUCCUCGCUGGGCAAAGUGGCCCAGCAACCUGAGGCCAAGCAGCCAUCACCAUCACCGCCCAAGCGGAGAGUGUUGAUAAAAAAAGAACGACAGUCAAUCCAAGUCUGACCAAAGACAGACCACCAUAUUGGAAUCUUUCAGU